AUGGGGUUGGCCAGCGACAGCGCCGGGUUCCCCUUCUCCGCCAAGCUCUCCGCCGCCAACUCGCCGCGCUUCUGCAACCCCAUGAGCAGGAGGAUAUUUUCAGAUGUUGCUGGCGAUAUAACGGUAUUGGUGGAUGGUCAAUCUUUUCUACUGCACAAGUUCCCUUUAGUCUCUCGGUGCGGAAGAAUACGACGAAUGGUGGCCGAUGCCAAGGAUCCAGAUCUCUCAAAGCUUGAGCUUGUAAAUGUACCAGGGGGAGCUACAUCAUUCGAACUCGCAGCCAAGUUCUGUUAUGGGAGUAACUUUGAAAUAACCACAGCGAAUGUAGCUCAUCUCCGGUGCAUUGCAGAAUAUUUGGAAAUGACAGAAGACUAUCAAGAUGAGAACCUCAUUGUUCGGACAGAGAUGUACCUGAAUGACCUUGUGGUCAAGAACCUUGAGAAAUCUCUACAAGUUUUAUGCGCGUGUGAAGGCUUGGAUCCAAUGGUGGAGGAAAUCGGAUUUGUCGAUAGGUGUGUCGAUGCGAUCGCGAUGAACGCAAGCAAGGAGCAGCUGGUUUCAGGUUUGGCUCACUUGGAAUGCGACGCGGGGUCCGGGAAGUUGCGGAUGCAUUGCCAGGACUGGUGGGUUGAGGAUCUUUCUGCUCUAAGAAUUGACUAUUAUCAGCGAGUGAUCGCCGCGAUGAGGAGAAGUGGCGUGAGACCGGAGAGCAUAGGCACUUCAAUCGUGCACUAUGCUCAAACAGCUCUCAAGGGCAUCGAAAGGCGUCACGUGUGGGAUUCCGGCCCACUUGUCGGUGACAACCAAAGGGUGGUUGUGGAAACCCUCAUCAACCUGAUGGCAACCGAGAAGAUCACAGCUGUUACCCUGUCAUUCUUGUUCGGCAUGCUCAGAAUGGCGAUAGAGGUUGAUGCAGGACUAGACUACAGGAUUGAAGUCGAGAAAAGGAUCGGUCUCCAUCUUGAGAUGGCAUCACUUGAUGAUCUUCUCAUCCCGUCCAUGCAAACGAGCGAGUCCAUGUUUGACGUCGACACGGUCCAUCGCAUUUUGGUGAACUUCUUGCAAAGGAUUGAGGAAGAUGACUCGGGAGACUUGUCACCUUGCGGAUACGAGUCCGACGGACUCAAGUCUCCGAGCCACGGCUCGGUGCUCAAGGUCGGAAGGCUAAUGGACGGUUAUCUUGCAGAAAUUGCACCAGAUCCUUAUCUGAAACUGCAGAAGUUCAUGACCCUCAUCGAACUGUUGCCGGAUUACGCUCGCAUUGUUGAUGAUGGACUCUACCGAGCCAUCGACAUAUACCUAAAGGCACACCCAUCUCUGAUGGAAUCCGAGUGCAAGAAGCUGUGCAAGCUGAUCGACUGCCAGAAGCUGUCCCAGGACGCGUCGAGCCACGCGGCGCAGAACGACCGGCUCCCGAUGCAGAUGGUGGUGCGCGUGCUCUACUUCGAGCAGCUCCGCCUCAAGUCGUCCUUCUCGGGCGGCCACUCCGGCGGCGGCGGCGAGUACUGCUCCUUCUCCCAGCGGAUCACCAUGCCGAUCAGCGGGAGCGGCGUGCCGAGCUCGUGCGUGUCGCCCCGGGCCGCCGGCGCGGCCGACAGCUACGCGUCGCUGCGGCGGGAGAACCGGGAGCUGAAGCUGGAGGUGUCGCGGAUGCGGGUGCGGCUGACGGAGCUGGAGCGGGAGCAGGGGAUGAUGAAGCAGGGGAUGCGGGACGGCCGCCCGGGGGAGCACGGCCGCGCCUUCUUCGCGUCGAUAUCGAGGGGGAUCGGGCGGAUGGCCAUGUUCGGCCCGGCCGGGGAGAGGAGGAAGAAGAGCUCCAGGGCGACGGCGAGCUCGCAGUGCUCCGAAGGGAAGAGCCGGAGGAGGAAGAAACCAUCGGUCACGAUAGACCCACCCCCAUCCACUAGAUGCAGGACUAACCCACUUACCUGCUCGUUCUCCUUGGCUCUACCAAUGAGGACAACCAACAUAUCAGCCCCAAUAUUGAAAAGCAUUGGAGAGAAGGGAUCCCUUGUUGUAACCCCUUCUAAGUUUGGAAAAGUCUCCAAUAUCAUCAUUAACUUUAGCACCCCACACCACCCCCUUGAACAAAGUCUUGACAUGUUGCCUCCAAGCCAGAUCAAAAUGUACCAUACGUAA